AUGGAAAUGACAACAUAUGAUUAUGACUACGAUAAUUACAGUGAUGAUCCAGCCACCCUUGUUGCGCCGUGUAAUCGGGAUGUUGACAGCUACGUGGGAGCUCAGCUGUCCGUCCUGUACUACUUCAUGUUUCUCUUCAGCCUCUCUGGAAAUGCGCUCGUUCUGACCAUCAUCUAUCGGUUUGAGAAGAUGACCACUGUUACCAACAUCUUGCUGCUGAAUCUGGUGAUGUCCUCACUGAUCUUCAUGAGCAGCCUUCCAUUUCUGGGAGUCUACGUGCAGCUCUCCAACUGGAUAUUUGGCAAAGUUAUGUGCAAGCUAGUCGGCACCGUCUACUAUCUGGGUUUCUACAGUUCUGUCCUCUUUCUUGCCCUUUUGAGCUUCGACCGCCACCUCGCUGUUGUUUACUCCCUGGGGACAUCUCGAAUAAGGAACCAAAGCUACGCUUUUGUCUCCUGCUUUAUGGUUUGGUUGAUCAGCAGUCUGGCGUGUAUCAAACCUAUAAUUCUCCACACUACUUUUAUUAAUUACAUUAACAACAACACACACUGUCAAGAAUAUCCUGGAGACUACCCUUCCAUAGAUGUGUCUCAGUUAAGAAUUUCUGGGUUUUACUUACAGCUUCUACUUUUCUUUCUUUUCCCCCUGGCAAUUAUUGUUUACUCCUACAUUAGAAUUGCCAUCACUGUCAUGUCUUCUAAGCUGGUGACAAAGUUCAAGACGGUGAAGCUGGUAUUCAUCAUCGCGCUGCUUUUUUUUAUUUGCUGGACUCCGUUCAACAUCGUACUCCUGAUACAUAAUGGAUCGGAAAAUUGCGAGCAAGCGCAGAGGCGCAGCUACGCCCUGCACAUAACACGGAACUUUGCUUACAUCUAUUUUUGCAUCAGCCCCAUUUUUUACACAUUUGUCGGGAAAAAGUUCCAGCGUUACUUUCGACAGAUGAUAAUGAAACGCUUCCCACGGUUGAAGAAAUAUUACAGAAGCUCACAAUACAGCCAAAGCAACACCUCCACUAAAAGUACACCUUACUAG